AUGCCGCUAGCUCUUACAAUUCCUGUAACUGGAUCUGAAAGCAUUGAUGUCAAAGAUAAUACACAAAUCUCAGACCCAUCUAUUUUGGAUAGUUUAGAUUUGAAUGAAGAUGAACGGGAAGUACUCAUUAGCAAUAUUAAUAGGCGUUUGACCCCACAAGCUGUCAAAAUUCGAGCAGAUAUUGAAGUGGCUUGUUAUGGUUAUGAAGGCAUUGAUGCUGUAAAAGAAGCCCUGAGAGCAGGUUUGAAUUGUUCCACAGAAACUAUGCCCAUCAAGAUUAAUCUAAUAGCUCCCCCUUGGUAUGUGAUGACUACAACAACCCUGGAGAGAACAGAAGGUCUCUCUGUCCUCAAUCAAGCUAUGGCUGUUAUCAAAGAAAAGAUUGAGGAAAAGAGAGGUGUCUUCAAUGUUCAGAUGGAGCCCAAAGUGGUUACAGAUACAGAUGAAACUGAACUUGCAAGGCAGCUGGAGAGGCUUGAGAGAGAAAAUGCAGAAGUGGAUGGAGAUGAUGAUGCUGAAGAAAUGGAAGCCAAAGCUGAAGAUUAACUUUGUGGAAAAGAGUCCAAUUUAAGGAACAUAAAGCAGCCCUUCCGGCUGUAUAAUCCUAGACUUGAAAGUUUUCCAGUAUUGAAAACUUCAAAGCAAAUAUUUUUUAUUUCCAAGUAUUUAAAUGUUCAACAGACCAUAACAUGAAAUGCCCUCCUAAUUGUCAGCUGUUUCACACAGUAGCUCCAACAGAUUGAGCAUUUUUUAAGGGAGUGGCCUAAUUUCACUGGAGACAAAUCUUUAAGGUAAAACAGUAAUAAAAUCUGGCCUGUGAUUUCCAUUUCUGAUGUCUGCAGACUGGCACCCGUUUGUAGUUCAGUGCCUCUGUGCCAUUUACCAGGGGCACCCACAGCAAACAAUCCCAAUCUUUCUAUAUAAAAUGUAUUCAAGCAAAAAUUAAAUAAAUUUCUGGGAUAUUUAAAAA